AUGGCACAACACGGCAUCCUGUCUGAAACAACAAUGACCACCCACCCAAAUGACACCUUCUCAAUACCUGUCGCAGAAGACGAAAAUCCAGAUGAUUGGGAGUACGAGUACUCUACCACAGAGACCGAGACAUUCUACGUAACUCUCGAUCUCACAACCCCAGAAGUCCCAGCAAUCCAAAGACAAACAGGUCGCAGAGCAGCUACAACUCCACGAUGGACGAAUCCAGGUUUAGGAAAGCAUCAGCGCAUGGCCCGUCUACCAGAGGAAUCAGGCUUCAAAGUCGCAACAGUCCUCUCAAUUGACGACAACGAAUCAGCGGAAAAAGCAGACCCAGAAGAAUUUGAGAUUGAGGCCGUGCCCGAAGACGACGAUAUUGACGGCCGGUCUCGGAAAAAGAGGAAGAAGAAAGAGAAACCUCCUCCGGAAGAAGAGCCCCGAGCGACCGAAGUCCAGAUCCUCGACCUUCAUAGCAUAAAGCCGCUGGUUUCUUAUGAUGGACAUGUCUUUGCUUGCAGGUGGUCGGAGAAUAUUGGGACGGAAAUGUUAUUUGUGCCGCGCGAAAAGGAGAAUGGAUUGCCGGUACUACGAGAGCUCCCAAAUUGCGAGGUGGAUCUAUUAGCUGCUUCGUCUGCGCGCAUUACUGCUAGGACGGCACAUCUCGAGCGUAAGUUUGAAGCAAAUUCGAAGAGGUCGGGGUCAGGGGCAGGAAGAGGGAAGGGACGAUCGAAAGCGGGGAGAGGAGGUGCUGCAGGAGGGGCGAGAUCUAAUGUCCGUAUUCCUCGUGGAACGAGCUCGCAGAGGAAUACCCAGGCGGAGUUUCUGGAACAGCUGAUUGACCUUAAGGAGGAUAUUGGAGAGGAGGACUUCGUCACUGUUCAUGCGAAGGCGAGAUUGACGAAUUUUAGGUGGAGGAAAGAAUUGUAUGCCUUGAGAGCUGCGGAGAGGGAGCGAUUGGAGCAGGUAAUUACGGAGGGAAGGAAUGCUGCUGCGGUAGCUCAGGCGAAGGAGAGGCUGGAGCAGAUGGAUGAAGAGGAUGAGGAUUUACGGAAUGUUGAAGAGGAGAAGGGUAUUGCGGCUGGUGCAGGGAGUACGACGAAACGCAAACGGCAAGGAGGAAGACAGAAGAAUGAUCCUGUUACUCCCCUGGAGUUCGCGAACGCAGGUCAUGGUCACAGUCGUUCGGUGGAUCGAUUUCCCAAUGUGCUGGAUGGCAGCAUGGAGCAGGUUGGAACGCCGUUUACUGAAAGUACUGGUGACAAUACUCCACGAUAUGAUAAUGAUCCGGGCGUGUAUGGAACUCCUGACGAGGUGCGGUUCCAAGGCGAUGGCUUAUCUGAUCAAGAUGCGGACGGUGACGAGGAUGAUGAUAUGUACGGAUACUAA